AUGAGAAGAUCACUGUUCUACCUUGGGGUGGUUGCCCUACUUGCUUUUGGCGACGCGUCAGAGCGACUUCGCCGAAGUGAAAGUUAUGGCGGCGGCGGGGGUGGUGGGGGCGCUGGUGGUGGCGUCGGUGGUGGAUUUGGUUUCGGAGGAGGAGGAGGCUUCGGAUUUGGCGGCGGAGGUGGUGGUAGUGGGAAUGGUGGUAGUGGUAGAGGCGAGGGUUUCGGCUACGGCAGUGGAGGCGGCAUAGGCAAUGAAGGCGGUGGAGGCGGUGGGGGUGGUGGAGGGAUUGGGGCUGGAGGUGCUCUGAGCGGAGCCAUCGGUGGUGUUCGACAAAAAGUUAAGGAAAUUAUCGGUAAAGUUCACAAUGGGCUAUCAAACCUAGGAGGCUUGGGUGGUGCCCUAGGAGGUGGCAUAAACGUAGGAGGAAGUGCAAGUGGUGGUGCCGGCUUGGAUGGGAGUGCCAACGGUGCCACUGGAGAUGCUGGCUUUGAGAAAGCAGUUGGUGGUGGCGUCGAUUUGACAAGGGAUGGAAGCGGACGCACUGGGAUUAGAGGUGACACUGGUUCUGGAAGAAAUGAAGGUAGAGGUGCCGGUUUUGGGGGAGGCUACGGUUUUGGAAAAGGUGGCGGUGGAGGGGGCGGAGGCGGAGGAGGCGCUGGCUUUGGAGGGGGUUUUGGUUUUGGAGGCGGUGCAGGGGGAGACGCCAUUUUCAAAGAAGGCGCAAAUAGAGGCAAUGAAGCCAGUGGCUUUAGAGGCAAUACCGGUGAAAUUCAAUCUAAUUCUGAAGACAGGAGAUACGGAAAAAAUGAUUUCGGUAAUUCGAAUGCCUUCCAAACGAAUGGUGGCAACGGUGGUGAUGGUUUUAGGAAUGGAAAUACGGGCAGUUCUAGUAGUAACAGCUAUGAUGGAAGUAUUGGCUCUUCAGGAAGCGGUGGCUUAGGGGGAUAUACAGACAGAGGUAACGAUGGGAAUGGACAAUAUGAAGGUAGUAAUGGAGGCGGCGGAUAUAGAAACGAUGGUGGAUAUGGGGGAGACGAUAGUGGGUUCAAUCGUAAUUUUCCAAGAAAUGGAUAUGGCACAGUUCAAAACGGUGCAAGUGCCACCGGUAACGAGGGUGGUUACGGAAUUGGCUAUGAUGGAGGACAAUCAGGUGACCGUCGUGAUGUGACUGAUGGUAGUUUAGGUGGAGGAAAUGGCUACGAUGACGGUAGCAGACGAAGUGAUAGUGGUUGUUACUCAGGCUCUUGUUUGGGAAGCUCUUCUGGCUACAGGCCACAUGGGCAAGAAAACGGUUGCAAGGGCAGACCUUGUGAUCAUAGUGCCGGCUCUGCUUCGGCCAACGCCCACGCAUCUGCCUCGGCUAACGCAAACAGUUACGGA